CUGUACUGUGCGAUUCCUUCGGAACACGACGGGAGAGACUUAAAGCUUCCACGGAUGCUCGAUAAUCGCGCCGUCGCGUUCUCGCACCAUCCAAUGUAUUCAUGAGCGCGAAUAUGUUUCGGGACGGCCAAUAUCUGGAAGUGAUCAAGGCUUCCGAUGAUUGUCUGGCAACCGCCGUAGUUACCGUGCAGGAGAAAACGGUGGAGAUCAAGAAGCGAAAGGUCAUCACCAACAAGUGGCUACAGGUCGAGGACUGGGCAGCGCUCUACAAAAUAUUGGAACGAGCGAUCUUGCGAAACUAUCGGGAUGACGGGUCACGCGAAAACCGGUGUGAAUGGAAAAAGUCCACUCGCCAGUUGGAAAUCACGUACACUUUCGAGCAUUCGGAAUGCGCAAACGAUAUGCCAUCUUUGCCCACGAUCCAAGUACAUGUGUCGCCAGCACGAAAGAAAUUGGUGAAGCGAGAAAUAGAUGACAUCUCGAAGAAGAACAAAGUGGUAACAGAUGAUGAUACGACGAAACGAACGAGAGAAGAAAAAUCUCCCGAUCGAUUGAAGAGAAUACUGGAGAAACCGAUGCAAAUUUCCCCGAAAAAAAUUGAGAUCCCAUGUGUUAUUGCGACGGAACAAGAGGACCUAAAGAGGAAGAAGAGUCGGAAAUAUAUGCUUUCUGACGAUUUGGAGAAUGCACUGUUGGAGGAAUAUAUCCCGGAUGCACCGAAAGCGAAAAGAUCGUGUUCGGAUUUCAAAUACGUGCCGAGCCGGAAGAGCGCAUUGGAGAGUAUGCAUUUAACAUUAAACGAGUACACGCCAACUCUUUGCGACAGCAAACAAGUGGUGGAAAACGUGAGCUACGUGCCGAACUCUAUUGAGAAGCUGGAGACGAUUCAUGAGACUUACGAGCCGCGCGCUACUAUGACGAUUCCCGACGGUAUCCUCGAGGAAUAUGUACCGAAUUCCAAAGGAGUCAAGCCUUCCAUAGAGGAGUAUGAACCUGAUUUCAAAUCACCGAGCAAAUUGAUGAAGUUUGACGAUAGUUAUGUGCCAUCGAGUGUACGACAGAGCACGCCGAACAAUUCAAAAAAAACUCCGAGUAAAUCGGAGAAAUUCAAAACGCAGAGAUUGGAAGCGCGUCGAAAGGGAACACUGAUCAAGAAGAAGAUGGAUCUCUUUUCGUGAUAUAUAAUUCGAAUGUUUGAUAUAGCUUCAAAUGUUUUUGAUAUAGCUACGUGUCGAUACGGAAGUCGGUAAAGCAACAAGUAAGGUGAUCGAAGAAAAUUCCGCAGGAUUAGAAAAUAGAUUUUGGAUACGAGACUGAUGUUUGUAAAAAAAACUAUAGU